CCAAUGUCAUUCGCAAUAAUGAUGCCAAAAGCUGUGCCCCUCCUUCUGGGGCUCCUCGUGCUCGUUCUCUCCGAUCCCUAUCCCGGUCGUGCGGAUUACACGGAUCCAGAGGAGGAGGAGGCUAAGUGCAACAAUAAGACUAUUGGUGGUACACCCGUGGAUAUAAAGACUGCGCCAUGGACGGCAUCCAUUUCGAUCACUGAGAAGGCCAAGUGCGCUGGGAUUGUCUACAAUUGGAACUACAUAUUAACGGCUGCCAGAUGUGUGAAUGGUUUUAUGAACAAGGCGAUAAAGGUGCGCCUGGGGAGCACUGAUCGCAGCAUUGGAGUCACCGAAGUCGCCGUCUGCAAUAUCACCAUUCACGAGAAGUUCUCCUCCCACUCCAUCCACAAUAACUUGGCCAUGUUGAAGUUAUGCCGCCCGCUGAAGGCCACCAAAACGAUCAAGAAUAUCCCACUGGUAAGCAAGUUCCCAGCAGAUGGCACACAUGCUGUAUCCAUUGGAUGGGCAUCCUUCCGAUGGUGGGCCAUGUUUUGGACCAAGUGCCUUGACGAGUUGGCUCACAAGAUGAUGAAGGCGGAAGUGAAGGUGUACAAUCAUAAGAAGUGUCUGGGCUUGUGGCCGGCAACGGCUCCUUUCAGAGCAAACCAUCCCAUCACGGAAGACUUAUUCUGCACCAAUAAGGCCGGUAACGAAUCCUGCUCCUUCGACAUGGGAUCUCCCCUGACCGUCGAUGGCAAAGUGGUUGGCAUCCUGACCAGGGGCGGGUGCUCACAGCGACCUGAAAUGUACACCAAUCUCAUCCACUUCAAGGAUUGGCUGGACAAGCAUUCAAAGUAACCAGUCUUAAGUGUGGUAAAACAGGGCUUAAAAGCACAUAUUUCAAUAAAUAUAUAUUCAUAUCCUUAA